AUGGCCAGCUUCAUCUCUUUAUUCUUACUCGCUUUGAGCUCUUUGUUCGCUUUCUCUAAUUCUCAGCCGAGCCCAUCGAAUGGUAGCUACGACAUGUUCUGGGGAACUUCAAGUUAUUAUGCCCACGGACUCGAUGAAGUUACUCGGACCGCGUGGCUCGAUGGCCUGCAGCGGGACGGGGCACGUAUCAUUAGGAUCUGGGUCAAUGGCAUUUCACCAGGAACUUAUAAAGGCACGAACGUAACGGUGACCAUUCCCGAUCUCGAAGAAACUGUGGGCAUCUUCAACGACACCGUUCUAGAUGCCAUUGACGGUCUCCUCAUGGAAGGGCAUCGUCGUGGAAUCAAGUUCAUCAUUUCAAUCCAUGAUGGGAACGCGUUCGGGCAGAAUUCUUGCGACGCCUAUUGUACCGAGUUUGGGGGUUUCGGCCCUGCCACUGGAACACCGAUUACGCUGGGGAACUCGUUCUACACAAAUCCUACAGCAGUGGCCGCUUUUGACAACAGAAUUGCCCACAUAAUGAACUAUCAGUCGCCAAAUUUUGGCAAGCCGUGGGGUCAGCUAACGGAAGCAAUAGCUGCAUUCGACAUUGAAAACGAACCGAUGAUCCAGGCUAUCACCCAGCUCGACAGUGUUGGCCCAACCUGGUUCUGCGAUCGCGCAAAGCAGUUUAAAAAGUAUAUCGGCUCCGCUACCAUCGCCGUCUCGACCGGUGGUGCUGGCGGUAGUGGAAAUAUCUACCAGAACUGGAACUGGAGACCGUGGCUUUUUACCUGUCCAGAUAUCGAUUGGAUCGCUUUACAUGGUUAUGACGGCGACUGGACUCAAUGGGUGCCAAAUGCUACCGCCCUCGCUGCUCAAUACAACAAAAAGUUGUUUGUGGAAGAAUGGGGAGUUGUUGCAUCUGCACGAGCAAACAACCUUGCUUGGAAUUUUGAGAAAUUUGUCGAACUCGGUCUCAGCUGGGUUUAUUGGGAGCUCGUUCCAGGGCCGAUAAAAAGCUGCUACUGUGGUUCAGACCGCAGCAACGCUGUGUUUGAAGUUAGCGCAACACCAAAAAGAUAUAAUCCAGGUUGGCUGACUCUUAGCAGGUGCAGCUUGAUGGCCCAGACUAUCCAGGCUUUCAGAAUAUUGCAAAUCGCACAUUGA